AUGUUCAAGUUGAUUGUUAUUCUCAUUCUAGUUAAUAUCAUAAGUGCAAGUGAUAAUAUAUAUUCAUCGUCACACAAGAUAACUUCGUACAGUAAGAACAAUUCAUCUAAAUUAAUAUCAUGUCUGUUCAAUCAAUGUUCAGAUUUGGGUGGUCCAUGUGAUACCGGUAAUAAUGUUAAUGCAAAUGGAAAUAGAUGUUAUCAACCAUUGAAAUGUAUAGAUGGAACAUGUUCAAAUUUCGUUAAAAAACCAAAUUGUACUGUUAAUUACGAUUGCGAUGAGACCAAAGGUGAAUAUUGUAUUUUGGAAAUGAAUGCAACGGACAUCAGUGUUGGUUGUAAACUAAAUGAUAGUGAUAGUACAAGAGGGACAUGCGAAAUAACUCCACCACCUUCCUAUAGAUUGUGUUUGUCACAGAAAGAUUGUCAGCCCUAUGAGUUUUGUAAAUGCGAUAGAGCAUCAUCAGUUGGGUAUUGCUAUACAAAAUCGGCAGCAAUGAGUAGAAUGUGCGAAAUGGCCAACAAUCUAUUUAUGAAAUGUGUCUCGAAUAAAUGUCCCUACAUUUACAAUUUUCAUCCAAACUCAUGUUCAUCUAGAUUAUGCCCAGAAGAAACAAAAUAUAAUUAA